AUGGAGAAAGUAAAGAAAGAUUCAGAUAAAGAUCGCUUGAACCAGAUUCGAAUAAUUCAUUACAUAGUGCGAUGCGUAAUUAUAAACGAAUCCACUGAGUCGUGUCCUAUGGGCAUGAAAGAUAUGCAGAUUUUGCAUCCACCUCGCCAUCGUUCUCAAUUAAAGAAACCCAAAUGGAUUAUCAUAUUGGUUUCAUUAGUUUGCAUCUUCUUAAUUGUCGCAUACAUUCAUCCACCUCGAGACUCUACUGCCUGUUAUAUCUUCUCGUCUUCUAGCUGUAAAACCAUUGCCAGAUGGCUUCCACCUCCAGAAAGACAACUCACUGAUGAAGAGAUUGCUUCUCGUGUUGUAAUUAAGAAUAUAUUAAACUCCCAAAUGGAAACAAAAAAUCCCAAGAUUGCUUUCAUGUUCUUGAGUCCUGGAUCAUUACCUUUCGAAAGAUUGUGGGAUAAAUUUUUUCAGGGUCAUGAAGGUAAAUUUUCGAUCCAUAUUCAUGCAUCCAGAGUCAAACCGGUCCACUCUAGUCGAUAUUUCCAAAAUCGUGAAAUUCGUAGUGACAAGGUAGAUUGGGGGAAAAUUUCAAUGGUUGAUGCUGAAAAACGGCUUUUGGCGAAUGCAUUGAAGGAUCCUGAUAAUCAGCAUUUCGUGUUACUUUCUGACAGCUGUGUACCAUUGCGUGGGUUUGACUAUGUAUAUAAUUAUCUUAUCUACACCAACAUCAGCUUCAUCGACAGCUUUGAGGAUCCUGGCCCACAUGGAAGUGGUAGAUAUUCCAACCGUAUGUUACCUGAAGUUGAAAAGAAAUUCUUUAGAAAGGGUGCUCAGUGGUUCACAAUGAAGCGUCAACAUGCUAUUAUUGUUAUGGCCGAUAGUCUCUACUAUACAAAGUUCCGAGAUUAUUGUCGGCCUGGUAUGGAUGGGCGUAAUUGCUAUGCUGAUGAACAUUAUUUGCCAACAUUAUUUCAUAUGUUUGAUCCACAUGGGGUAGCAAACUGGUCGGUGACGCAUGUUGAUUGGUCGGAACGAAAAUGGCAUCCGAAAUCCUACCGGAAGAAGGACGUCUCUUUACAGCUCAUCAAAAAUAUUUCGUCGAUUUCUGAAAGUGUUCAUGUUACAAGUGAUGAAAAGAGGGAAAUGACGAUUACGCCCUGUAUGUGGAAUAGUGUGAAUCGACCAUGUUACUUAUUUGCAAGAAAGUUCUUACCAGAGACCUUGAACAGCAUGAUUGACCUUUUCCCAAUUUACACGACUGUUUGACUUUUAUUACCGAUUCUUUGGUAAAGCCAUCUUAAUUCUCACUCCUUUCAAACAUGGGUCUGUUUUCGAGUUGAAGAGCAAGUUUGAGUGGAUAGUGAGGAAGAAAGGUUUUCAGAAAUCUGUUUAAUCUUUUGUUAAUUUGUAACUUUAUACUCCCUUGAUUUUUGGGGAGAUGUUUUGUAGAAGAUGUGGUCGACUGUUUGUACUUUUGUAGGGAUGAAACAAUUAAUUAAGUAGGAAUAGUGAUUCCAUGGUUGUGUUUGUACGAUUAUGUUUUGUGCAAUGAAAAAGUGGUACAUGUUUUGGAGUAGAAGUGCAUAAAAAGAUUGGGGAUAGUCCGACCCGGUUCAAAACCCAUCUAAACCAAGGGUUCGGUAAAACAAAGCAUGUUUCCUUUAAGUAAUAGUAGAGAAAAAUAAUCAUUAUUGAUAUAUGGG